AUGACGACAUUAUUGACCGCCUGGGAUGUCCAGCAGGCGGCUCGCGGUUCAUUUGUGGUCGCGCAUCAGUUAUCGCUGCUUCCUCUCCGAAACACAUCUACCGAAUCUUCUCGACCACCACCAAACGCCGAUUUUGCUACGACACACCUCACUGACUCCGCUCUCACGACACUCCGCUCUCACGACACUCCGCUCUCACGACACUCCGCUCUCACGACACUCCUCUCUCACGACACUCCACACCCUCGACACUCCACACUACUAUUCGCGACCAUGGCAAAGACCAAAAAACGCUCGCAACCCGUGACAGACGAGCAAGGCUCGUCCUCGACCGUCCGAGACCCUCUCUCACUUAACGCCGCCAACAACCGAAUCAGAAAGGACUACGAGUCGACGUGGUUCACAGCUGAAGAAAUGGAAGAGUUGAUGUCGCGGAUGUCCGAGAUGCUCGAGGAGAAGAAGUCGGAGGGCAGGAUGGAGGUGGAGUGGAAGACUACUACCGAGGCCGCCGAGUUUGUCCAGGAGAACAGCGGACCGGGCUUGCAAGCUCGGUUGCAGGAGGUGCUGGGACAAGAGAAGCAGACGGCGGCGUAG